UUACAGAAUUACAGAAAGAUUAUGUAGCAGCAGUGAAUAGAGAUACGGAAAAAUUGAGCAUCAUGCCUUUGUUUUGGCGUCACUGCUGCUAGUAGAGACACUAGCAUUCUAAGUAGAGGCAGAGACAAAUUAAUUCUGAUUUAGUCUAAAGGUCAAUUUUGGUGAUUGAAAUCAUUAAAAGUUGAUAAUUUGUUAACAUUGUCGUACAAAAUCAAUUAGAAACAUGAAAGAAGAAUCACUAAAGGGUUGGCACCUUAUAUGGUGGUUGUUCAAGUUAUUUGGAUUUUCAAUAACUAUUCCAUGGUUAAUAUAUAAUUUUUUUGAUAUUAUGCAACAAAAACGGAGAAAAGCUGCUCUGAGUGGGAAGGUGGUCAUGAUAACUGGAGCCAGCUCAGGAUUAGGAGAAGCCCUAGCUCAUGUUUUCUAUGAUUGUGGUUGUAAAAUUAUUUUAGUUUCUAGAAGGAAAGAAGAACUGGAAAGAGUAAAAAGUGCAUUAAUGAAUACUCAUGUUACAGUGACAACUUAUCCACCUGUAGUUUUGACAAUGGACAUAACAAAUAUGACCUCUCUCCAAUCUGAAGUAGCAUCAAUAACAGAAAUUUGUGGAAAGAUUGAUAUUCUCAUUAAUAAUGCUGGUAUUUCUUACAGAGGGGAUGUGGUUAAUACUGAUGUGAAUGUAGAUACAAAAGUAAUGCUUACAAAUUAUUUUGCACAAAUUGCUUUGACAAAAGUUGUACUUCCAUAUAUGAUAAAGCAACAGUCUGGUCAUGUAGUAUGUGUAAGUAGUAUACAAGGAAGAAUUGCAAUUCCAUACAGGUCUGCAUAUGCUGCUUCUAAACACGCAUUACAAGCAUGGUGUGAUAGUUGCAGAGCAGAAUUGGCUGAUCAGAAUAUAAAAGUUACAGUUGCCAGUCCUGGUUAUAUAAAAACUGCUAUUUCUCUUAAUGCAAUAACAGGAACUGGACAGAUUUAUGGAGCAAUGGACCAAGCUACAGAAGAGGGAUACUCUCCAGAAUAUGUAGCAAACUAUAUUUUGAAAGCAGUAUUAAAGCAGGAGAAAGAUGUAGUAAUAGCUCCAUUUGUCCCAAAAUGUGCAAUAUACUUAAGAGUUUUAUGUCCAUCUCUUUAUUUCUGGAUAAUGCAUAAAAGAGCAAGAAAGAUAGCUAAGAAAGAAUAACCCUUUCUGAAUUGCUACAGUGUACAAAGUGCACUCUAAUUCGAUUUUUUCUGUAUCAUGUUUUGUUUGAUUUAUCGCACCUAUUUUUGUAUUAUUUUACACCGUUGUUAUUAUCAAUUCAAGUAAUUUUUAACUAGGGAAUUUCGGGAGUGUAAUAAAAAUAGUUAUAUUCAAAACUAUAUUUUAUUAUGCCACUUAGAAGUGGAAUAUGUUUACAUUAUAUACAUUUUAAUACUACAAAUGUUUUAACGAAAUUAAGCACUCUUAAAUACGCGUGUCACCUGUAACUUGAAAAGUUUCGUAAAAUUCCGCUAUUUAAUAAUAAGUAAUUGUGAAAGUUUGUUUUAUAAAUGUAAUAAAAAUUCUAAAAAGUAAAUGUCUAUAAACUGGAUAUAUUUGCAUAAAUUUCAAAUAAAUCUAAAAUAAAUGCUUGAAAAUGCUGAGCAAUAGUCUUUUGGAGUUAUAAGUGACAUAUAACAAUUCAUUCAACGUAUCAUUCAUCAAAAUUGGAGCCUAUUUCAUUUCUGAUAUUUUAUUUGUUAUAUGUUACAAUUGUGCAAUCACUGUGGUAUCAUGACAGAUAUUUGGCUAAUACUUCGAAUAUUUAAAGUAUAUUAUAUAAUAUACAGUGAUUGGUAUAUUUUGUUGUCAUGGCAGGAUUAGUAACUCUUAUUUAUAUAUCCUUUUUAUUUAUUAGUGAUGUUUUGUAAUGUUUAAUAUAUUCUUUCAUAUUAUUAGUAUCAAGUUUAAUUAACAAUAAUAUAAUUAAAAAGAAGUAUAGUACAAAUACACACU